CUGAAGGAGUCCAACUUCUUUGCAUUAUCUCCAUCGUUCUACUUAGUCGUGAUAAUUUGCGGAUUUAUUCAUCCCCGCUGUACAGAGACCUACCUAGUCUUUAUCGAACCGAUUACUGAUGAGGUGGAUCAACGUAUAGCAAGUUUGGUGGAUGCUUUGGAAGCAGCAAAACAGUCGAAGGAGCAAGCUCAACUAGCAACCCGCCAUGCCUUGAUGGAGGAGCAGGAGCGUUCUGCCCAGUAUCUCGAGUGUCUGAAGGCGGCCGAAAAGUCCUCUGAAGUGGCUAAUCGUCGAGCUCAAAUCGCCACCAACGAGGUAGUUAAUUUACGCAAUGACUUAAACGCGCUUCGAGAGGAUCUCUCCAAAGCACAUGAGGAUCUGGCCACGGAGAAGCUCAAGUGCAGCGCAGCUGUCAACAAAAUUCAGCAGGUUGGUUGGCUAGUUGAUUGGAUGGUUGGAUGA